AUGGGCGACCGCGACCGCGGGCUCCGGGGGGGGGGGGGGGGGGCGCGCGGCGGCGGCGCGGGGGGGGCUCGGGGAGCGCGCACCCCCCCCCCGGAGAGGGGUCACGUGGGCAGCGAGACCCCCGAGCAUGAGUUCCGGUGCCACCGCCUGCAGGACUCCCUGCUCAGCUCCGCCAGCGGGUACAGCAAUUACCGAGGGGUGCUCAACUGGUGCGUGGUCAUGCUGAUCCUCAGCAAUGCUCGGCUCUUCCUGGAGAACCUCAUCAAGUACGGGAUCCUGGUGGAUCCCAUCCAAGUCGUGUCCCUGUUCCUGAAGGAUCCCUAUUCCUGGCCCUCCCUGUGCCUCAUCAUCGUGGCCAACGUCUUCGCCCUGGUAGCCCUGGCCCUGGAGAGGCGCUUGGCAACGGGCUCAAUGUCCGAGGCCACCGGAGCCUUCCUCCAUGCUCUCAACCUCAUCACCAUCCUCUGCUUCCCGGCCGGCACCGUGCUCGCUGUCAGCUCCAUCACCCCCGUGGGCUCCGUCUUCGCACUCGCCAUCUACACCAUCCUCUUCCUCAAGCUCUUCUCCUUCCGGGAUGUGAACCGCUGGUGCCGGGAGGCCAAGGACCAAGUUCCAGAGGGCAGGAAUGCCAAUGGGGACGUUGGGAUGAGCGAGGUCUCGUACCCAGACAACCUGACCUAUAGCAAUCUCUAUUACUUCCUCUUCGCCCCCACCCUCUGCUAUGAGCUCAACUUCCCCAGAUCCCCUCGUAUCCGGAAGCGCUUCCUGCUGCGGCGCCUCUUUGAGAUGCUCUUCUUCAUGCAGCUGCAGGUGGGGCUGAUCCAACAGUGGAUGGUGCCGACGAUCCGAAACUCCAUGAAACCCUUUCGGGAUAUGGACUAUUCCCGGAUCAUUGAGCGGCUCCUCAAGCUGGCUGUCCCAAACCACCUCAUCUGGCUCAUCUUCUUCUACUGGUUCUUCCACUCCUGCCUCAAUGUGGUGGCUGAAGUGAUGCAGUUUGGGGACCGGGAAUUCUACCGGGAUUGGUGGAACUCGGAAUCUGUCACCUACUUCUGGCAGAACUGGAACAUCCCUGUCCACAAGUGGUGCCUCAGGCACUUCUACAAGCCGAUGCUCAAGAGAGGAGCCAGCAGAUGGUGGGCUCAAGUGGCUGUUUUCUUGGCCUCUGCCUUCUUCCAUGAGUACCUGGUGAGCGUCCCCCUCAAGAUGUUCCGGCUCUGGGCAUUCAUGGGGAUGGCAGCACAGAUCCCUCUGGCCUGGUUCGUGUCCAAGUUCCUGCGUGGGAAUUACGGGAAUGCUGCCGUGUGGAUGUCCCUCAUCAUCGGGCAGCCUAUUGCCGUCCUCAUGUACGUCCAUGACUACUACAUCCUCAACUCCGAGGGCCACCGCUGACCUCCGGCAUUCCCAUGGGAUCCAGGCCGGAGCGGAGCCCGGAGCCGCCGCUGACCUCCGGCAUUCCCAUGGGAUCCGGGCCGGGAUGCGGCUCCCGGGAUCCCCUUGGCCGCAGCUUGGAGGCUAUUGAAGGGCUUGGGAUGAGGAUGGGAAGGGACUGGUCCCAUUCCUGGCCCCAAGAUGAUUCCCGAUGGGAAUGGCAGGGGGGGCUCCAGGCCCCUG